AUGAUAUUUACGGUUAUUUUUGACAGCCUUCAUAUCUCUUUUGUUAUUUCUUUUCCUUUCUACUUACGUUUUCACUUGUCUUCCAAUAAUAUAGUUUUCUUCUAUAUAUCUUAUUGCUUGGAUUGGCAUUCUUCCCUUUCUAUUUCGAUGGCCUUUUUAUUAAUUUCUUCCUACAUUUCUUCUUCCUUCAAUUCCGCUUUGUCUUCUCUUUCUUUGUCUUUCUUUGUUGAUUUCAUAUUUUCAUUAAAUUAUUUUGUUUUCUUCGCUUUACCUGCAUUUUCUUUCUUUUCUUUUUACAUUUUCUUUCUUUACUCUUUCACUUUUAUUCGUUGCCUUUCCGUCCAUUCUUUCUUUCUUUCUUUCUUUCUUUUCUUUCUUUCUUUCUUUCUUUCUUUUUCUUUCUUUCUUUCCAGUGCAUUUCGAUCAUUAUUCUUGUUCUCUUUCUUUUCCUUUUUUGUCAUAUUUUUUUCAUUUCAUAAAUUUUUCUUUUGGCACUUUAAAGCCGCGCUGCUGCUGAUUCUUCUUCAUGUCAUUGACUUUCUGUCGAGCCACAGAAUCUGUCUUCUCGUCCGAGUGAAUCCAUCUUCUUUGAUUUCUUUUUCCCAGUCAAUGUUCGCAACCAACCUCGCUUUCUCUUUUUACCGUCAACCCCAUCCACAUCUCUCAAUGGCCAAUCCGUGCGGCGUCCCAUUGAAGGCUUCUCUCUAA